AUGUCUACUUCUGCCCGCCGUCGUCUCAUGCGUGACUUCAAGCGCAUGCAGACUGACCCUCCUGCCGGUGUCUCAGCAUCUCCAGUAGCUGACAAUGUCAUGACCUGGAAUGCCGUCAUCAUUGGCCCCGCCGAUACCCCGUUCGAAGAUGGUACAUUCCGCUUGGUCAUGCAUUUCGAGGAACAAUACCCCAACAAGCCGCCGGGUGUCAAGUUUAUCAGCCAGAUGUUCCAUCCUAAUGUCUAUGGUACGGGGGAGCUUUGCCUUGAUAUCUUGCAAAACCGCUGGAGCCCGACCUAUGACGUGGCGGCCAUCUUGACUAGUAUUCAGAGUCUACUAAACGAUCCCAACACGUCAUCCCCGGCGAAUGUGGAAGCAUCGAACCUCUACAAAGACAACCGGAAGGAAUAUAUCAAGCGCGUGCGUGAGACAGUCGAGAAGAGCUGGGAAGACUAA